CGGAAUCGUCGGGUUCAGAGUCGCGCGCGUCGAGAACCCGCGAGUGGCGUCCGUCCCAUUGCCGGGGGGUGGGGGAGUGAGUGGAGGCGCUUCGCUGCCGUCGUUGCAGAAGCGUUCGGCUCGGGCAGUGUUUGUGCAUCGGAGAAGAAGUGUUUCGGUGGGGGGGGGGGCGUCGUUUAUGCACCGGGCAGCAGCGUUUUCUUGAGACGGCGCCAGUGGCGGACGGGGGUGUUAAACGCGAGCCCGGGGUAGGCGUGCGGGUGACGGGGCAGGAGUGCGAGUGACGGGGCAGGCGCGUGAGUGACGAGCACAAUUGGGAGCGAGUGCUCGUGAGCACAGAGCGGCCGUCGUCAUCAGAAGGGGGCUCGCUCCAAAACACUCCACCACGCUCCUCUCGGAUUAGUGGGUCCGACCUGAGCCCCCACCGCCCCCCCCUCCUCCUCCUCCACGGCCACAUCCCCCCCUUUGCCCCCCACCCAAACCCAGACCCCCCCCCCACUUACUCGUGACGGCGGUGUCACACGAGUCCCGCGAGCAUGUCCGGACCCCUAAAGGGGGUCGGCCCCCCUCUCCACGCUCGCUUCUACGCGGACGCUGCACCCCGCGGGGACCCCUCGGACAGCAUCCCCCUCCCGGCGCUCCUCCAGUCGAGCGAGAACCGCCGCAUCGCCGCCUUCCAGCUGCCAGACUUCGAACAGCCCCCUCCUCCUCAUCCUCCUCCUCCCCACGCGGCGUGCGGCUUCCAGCAACACAAGAUGGGGGGCGGGCCCCCCUGGACUCAGCCGGGGCUCUACGGACCCCCGGGAGGAGGUCAGGACCCCCCCGGGUCGUCGUGGCUUGAAUCUCUCACGGGCGGCGGCGGCGGCGGCGGCCUCUACCCCGGGAUGGGGAUGGGGUCCCCGCAGGGGUCCCUGGCUCCCUACGGGCUGGCGUGCCGGCCGGGGGGGUGCGGACCGGCGCCGGGACUCCUGCAGGUCGGCUCUGACGGAAUGAGCGUGGCCCGCUUCGACGCGGAGUCGCUGCUCUUCCGAGGGGUCGUCGCCGAGACCCCGGACCCCGUGCUGGGGUCUCACGGGGACCCCUACCCCGAGCACAAGGGGGACCUGGCGGGCACGGACCCCGGAGAAGAGAGCCGCGCGCGGCUACAAGCGAGCGACCCUUCUGCCCACUGGCUGCACGCGCGCGCGGGCCGCAAGAAGCGCUGCCCCUACUCCAAGCAGCAGACGCUGGAGUUGGAGAAGGAGUUCCUCUUCAACAUGUACCUGACGCGGGACCGGCGCUACGAGGUGGCGCGCGGUCUCAACCUCACCGAGAGGCAGGUGAAGAUCUGGUUCCAGAACCGGCGCAUGAAGCUCAAGAAGAUGAAGAGAGACAAGAGCGAUGAUCCGUAAACAACAACAAACAAACAAACAAAGGGGCUCACACGCCCUCGUACGGCGCUCACUCCGCACUCACUCUCCACUGCUGCCCUCGAUGAUGAUGAUGAUGGUGGUGGUGGUGAUGGCGAGGAGGAGGAGGGCAAAGGCGCGGCUCUGCAAUUGCCGGGCUCGAGCAACUGCUGGUGGAAGGGCCUACCACUCGCGUCAGCAGCUGUAAGCGAGCGAGAGAGAGACCCGCCAGAGAGGGUACGUGCGCGUGUUUUGGCCUAGGCUUCCACAUCUUGUAAGCGGUGGGAGUUACCCACAUUUACCCCACCACACGCGAACUGCCGAUCGACUAACUAUGGCGAACCCGUUUGUAGAAGACUGCUGGAUGGAGAUGGUGGGGGGUUAAGAAACUCCCUUUAACUGCCGCGCCCGGAGAUAGAACCGCACCGAAGCGCAUUGGAUUUGCAAGUCCACACUGCGCUACAACCAACCAUUACACCGCACAGCAGCGCUACGGUAUGAUGCUCGUUGUUCAUACCGUAGUGACACGGAAUUAGUACGACUGUUAUCAACUGCCAUUGCAAUGAGCGAUACGGCCAAUUGCAUUCUUAUGGAGGCCCUUCUAAGAGCAGCGCGGGAGCCAGGCAAUUGCAGGUGCUGCUCCUUUGCCACGCGCUUGUAAUUGAUAUUAAUAGUUGUAGUUUUGUUGUUGUGGUUGCCGUUGUUGUUGUUGUUGUUGACGAGUAGAGUGAAACUACUGUCGUUGUUUUGUUUACCUGAUAUCGACUAACUUAUUCCGGCGUGUCUACGAGUGGCCUGUGCGAAUCGUCUGCGCGCGGGGAGUGGUGGUGCAGUGGUUAGCGCACUGCGUUCUCACCAGCCCGCGGCGACGCGCGUUCCCCUUUCCUCCCCGGUCACGAUUCACGCGAGUGGCGCGACUGAUGUUUGAACCGGGCGUGGGCCACCCCUACGUCGACUCAGCCUUAAACGAGUAGGUGUGUGUGUGAAUCUGUAUGUAUAUGUUUGAGUCUGUGUGUGCGUGAGUCUGUAAGUGCAUAAGUCUCCGUGUUUGAAUGUGUUAGUGCAAGUGUGAGUCUGUGUGCGUGAGUUUGCGUGUGUGCGUGAGUCUGCGUGUGUGCGAGUCUGUGUAAAUGCGCGCGAGUCUGUGUGUAAAUGCAAGAGCGAGUCUGUGUGCGCGUAAGUCCGUGUGUGUGUAUGUGUAUGUGCAUGUGUGGGUCUGUGUGUGCAUGUGCGAGUCCGUGCGUGUGUGUGUGUCGACUGAGUAUUCUAUCGCUGCUGCCAAGCGCUGCGGCCCCUAACGACUCCCCCACCCACCUCCCUACCCCGCACGUUCUCAGAAUUACCACGAUUCGGAGAUCGAUAUUGAUUUUACUUUUAAAAAAAUGUCCGUCUCAUUUAUACCAUCGGUAUCGUUGUUUUUGUUGUGUUACCGACUCGUUUACAUCGUUUCGUUCGUAUUGUUCGUCUCGUUCGAACCGGCUCGUUUGCCUCCUCGAUCUUUUGUCUGUCGUCUGCCUCGUUCGCACCCCGUCUCGUGUGCAUCGUUCGCUUCGCGAGCGACGGCUCUUUCGUUUCUUGUGUCACCGCUCCGUCUCUCCGUCUCUCUCUCCCGUGCGCUGCGCGUCUCCCGGCUCGUCGACGCCUUCAUUCGUUCCACCAGCCUCGCCGUAGCUUGAUAAGCGCGCACAACAACCCCACGUCUACACAUCGGCUGCAAUACGCCGCAAUAUUCGAUUAUCCUCGCAGAUUGUACCACGAGCGUAAGAAAGCGUUCGAAGAUGAAUGCUCGUCACGUGCCUACCGACAACCCCCAAGGCCUCUGCGCCUCCAACUCCACGUGGCCGCUCUGUGGUUCAUUUCACGGAGCCGGUGUUUGUUUCCAUCGCGAACCGAGCGCGACCCGGGCUCCGUUUACAUGCGGCGCGAUGGCUGUUGUUUGUAGCGACGCUGCAGUCCUCGACUCGAGCGCUUGAAAGAUUCACAAACGCCAAGCAGCGGUGGUGACUCCAGUAUCCAGGUUGAGGAGGCUUUAAAACUAAAAUAAAAACUCCACCCCGGGUUUUCCACGGUCUCGGUUGAUAAUCAGGCGGGCAGGUGGAUUCAAUUGAGAAACUCCAAAUGUGCUUUGGCAUCGUGGAUUCGUCAUUGACACGUGCACGAUAGCAUCAGCACAUGCGUGUGCACACAAAGAUAAAGACAAAGAUCUCCCCCGUAUAGCCUUAACAAACUGAUGGGGCAAGUGCCACCACGCCCGGUCGCCUUUGUCUCCCCAGAGCUGAUGUUUUUACACACCCCACCAGGAAGUCAUUUAAGGCUGAGUCGACCUCGGGGAGAGCCCAGGGACCGGUUCAAAUAUUCGUCACCGAUGUUGGCUGUGAGCGGGAAUCGAUCUCCGGUCGCCGUGUUUAUUCGCGCAGUACGCUAACCACUGCCCCACCGCUCCCUAUAAUAUACAAAGAUCCUCUUAUAGCCUUACGUACACACACGCACACGCAUACUGUAUACAUAAAGAGACAUAUACCUAUAUAUACACGUACACACACACGUAGGCACUCUACUACAUACAUUGCUAUAUAUAAACUAGGGUUGUUAAAGUCGAUGUUUUUGUUGUUGCAUUAGCGGUAACCGCAUGAAAAACCGAUACAAAUCGGUUACCGGUUUUCCGCAUAUAUAGAGUACAGAUGCCGGGCAAUAAAUAUAACAUUUGUACCUUUUGAACGUAAAAUAAAAACUAAUGGGAAAAAAAUGUUUUACCACUCGGUGACUUAGGCCGC